AUUUAGGACAAUCCAAAAUCUCUUCGACCAAGCCAGAGCUACAACAGCCAGCAUUAGAAGACGAGAAACUUAUUGCCAACCUUCUACAGUUCUAACAGCCGUAGUUUUUCUCCAACUAAUCCAUUAUGUGGAAAGCCACAGUGCUGGCUGUGUGUCUGCUACUGGCUGGAGUGAGGGCGUAUGAUGGACCCUCAUAUGGGGUGAAACUGUGUGGUCGUGAAUUUAUCCGCGCAGUCAUCUUCACCUGCGGAGGCUCACGCUGGAGACGCUCCAUCACAAGCACAGAUGACCUGAGUGUAGACCCGUUUGGCUCAGACAUCAGAGAUGCUGCAGAAGGCUUGGUGCUGCCCUCUCACCCAAAGUUCUCCCUCCAGCAUGACACUGAGCCCAUCUCUUUCGAAAUGGUGCAAGGAGGGCAGGAGGCCUCUGAGUUCAGUCGGCCUGCCCGCUCCAUCAUCUCAGAUGAAGUACUGGAAGCCCUGCGCACCUCCAGCCGGAAGGGCCGGGAUGUGGUAGUAGGACUGUCCAACGCCUGCUGCAAAUGGGGCUGCAGCAAGAGCGAGAUCAGCUCCCUCUGCUGAGUCCAGUCAAGCUAGCUCCUGUGUGUACGUGUUUGUGUGUGUGUAUGUGUUUGGGCGUUCCUUCCUCUUUUGGGAAUUUGAUUGUCCGUUGUCUUGAUCCCCCCUAGAUUAACAUUGUUCCACAAAAUGUUUAUCUUUCUCAGUUUAACAGUGAGCUUAUGCUUGUCACCAAACAGGUUACAAUUCAUAUUCAGUUGUAUUUUAUUAUUUUUAUUAAAUAAAGUUAAGUCUUGAAUAAAGACCAUGUUGAAUCAUU